UAGUUUUUUUUUUUUUCCAAAAACUCUGAAUGUUUUAUUUAAAUUUGAAUAUUAUCUACUAUGUUUUAUUUUAUGUUUUAUUCAAUUUUAAUUUUAAAUUUUAAAAAUUUUAAUUUUUAAAAAUAAAAUUAAUUUUAAAAACAAAUAAAUUUUUUAAAAAAAUAAAUUUUUUCAAAAUUCCGAGGGAAUGGGGUUCCUCGGAAAAUUCCGAGGAACUUUCUCCCCUCGGCAAAUUCCGACGAAGUUUAAGUUCCUCGGAAUUUUCUGAGGGAAAAAGUUCCUCGGAAUUUUCCGAGAAACUCCACUCCAUCGGAAAAUUCCGAGGGAAGAAAGUUCCUCGGAAAAGUCCGAGGAACAUUUGUUCCUCGGUAUUUUCCGAUAAACAUUCCGAGGAAUAUUUCGUCGAAACUUCCGAGGAUUGGACCAUCGGAAUUCCCUCGGUAUUUUCCGAGGAACCUUCCGACGAACUUCGUGUCCUCGGAGUAUCCUCGGAAUUUUGUUUCCUCGGAAUUCCGUCGGAAAAUUCCGACGGAAUUCCGAGGAAUUAUGAAUUUCCGAGGAGUUAUUUCCGAGGACUUUUUUCGUCGGUAUGUCCUCGGAAUAGCGUUAUUCCGACGACAUACCGACGAUUUUUUCCCUCAGUAUCCCGAUGUUUUCUUGUAGUGAUAAUCAACGACUUCUCCUUGAACAGAUAUUCUUUUUGGAAUCAACCAGCUUCGGGUCUAUUCAGCUUAAAGCUGCGCCAGUUUGGUACGUUUCUUUUUCGGAAUACUUUCUCCUCAAGAGAAUUUUCACCAAAUAAUUGUACCGUCAGGUCUCUCACAGCAGAUCAACACAUAGGAAUCCAUAAAUGAGUGGACAGAGUUGCGGCUUCAACUAGUUGUGUCAGCAAGAGAAGAGUCUAUUAUUGAUUCGCAAGUCAUUGUACAAGAUGACAGCACAUCAAACAAACACUCACAAAAGGAUGGUUUUGUCGAAAUCACUUUACACGAGACCAACUUCAUCACAUGCAGGGGCAAAAAGAAACAAAGAGAAUUCAAAAGCAGAUAUCAAAUGAUGAGACAUACCCAGAAUUGUAUGACAAUUGAAAGCGUCGGGUUACACAUUGAUUCACAUGAGUUACACACCGACUCACGCACUUGAACUGAAUCGAUUCACAAUGUCUAAGAGGGAAGAGAUAGAAGAUCUCUGAAACGAAAUUGAAAUUUAUGGUGGAACCUAUCUUUGGCGUCUUUUUUUGUAACACCACUUAAUUUCGUUCAUUCAACCUUGUUCUGAUACAAUACAAGAGGGAAUAUUACAUCCUCUUUGCAAGAAAGCAUAAAGUACAAAGAUAGAUAAAACUAAAUCAGAUAAAUCUUCCGAAAAAGGUGACAACGAAUUCAAAACAAAGCUUGAAUGCGUCAAAAAAGCCUUCCCGACAAAGUCGGACAGCUGGAGAAUAGUCACACAAGGCGACGUUGAGAGACAGCCCUCACCAACGAGAACAAUCAAAUUAUUCUCGAUUGCAUCUUCAGGUCCUACAAACCGCUCCACAAAAUAAAAGAGAGGUAACAAUAAUCGCAUAACAAAAACCCUAAUGAAUCCAUCAGAAAUCUUGAAGCUCUUCACACAAACCCACACAUCAGAAGUCAAUCGCAUAGUCACUUUUACAGUUCUUAUACCACAAGACUGAAAGGGCCAGGCCCAUAAACUUAGUACCCUCGGGUUGUAGACAACCAUUCGCUUUAUCAGAGACGGGGAGUACCUGGGAGAUACGCCGAAAGUGGAGAUGGGUGGUGAGGAGACGGGAACGUCGAACGGUAUAGAUGGAUGCUCACCGGAGCAAGCGGUUGAAACCCAACAGAUCUUCUCGGAAACCCAGAGGAGACUGCCAAACCGGUAUACUUUCGAGAUGAAUAAGGUGGUAGCGGACCGGGGAGUGCUCAAACUUAACAGACAUCGAGAUUCCAGUCCUGAAAGCCUGGUAAACGGUGGAAUCCCAACCACGCAGGACUUCAAAAUGCCGGAAACUAUGAUGAUGAUGAUUCCAUUUAUGUCAUUCACAAUGAUAAAGAUCAGAUUUCAAAGGAUUAGUUCAAAGUCAACGUUCCAUCGUGAAAGAUGACUAUGUGGACUUUCGUUUCACUCCGCUUUCACCACCGUUAUUGAUCUGUGUUACUCGAUUUCAGCAUAUUGAUAACAAAUGUUUUAAGUUUUUUGGUCUAACUCCUACCAUGACUUUCUCUGUGUACUGGUGAAAGCCAAUGAUGUUUCUAGACAUUCACAACGAGGGAACAACGCGAAUUGCCUCCUUCCAUGGGUACGAUCGUGUCUUUUCAUUUCUUGGCUUGAUCGCCAAGAUGGAGUUUCAAAGCGGGUGCUAAGAGCUAUGUGUAGUCUACAACCGGGUAUCAACUACACAUCUGCGACAAUCAUUUGUUGGAACGAAGUAUAUUGCGCAUCUGGCAAGGUAUCUUUAUACGCUCCAACUGAUUUUCUUCUUACGCAUGAAGUGUCGACACAUUUACAAUCCAUUGUUGUUACACCAUUAUCACAAACUCAGCUUUAUCUUAUGGUGAGAGCUAUAGCAAAAUCCAUAAAAGUUACACUCAGUUUUGGAGUGGAGUUGAAUGUUUCGACGUCAAGGCAUCAACAAUUCCUUGAUUUUGGCCAUAUGGGUUAUUGUAUGAUGCUUGUGCUCAACUGCUCAUUACCAGUAUAUUGGCUUAUUUUUGUGUGGCCACCGUUGGUUCAUAGAGCAUUGAUGACAUCUUCUCCUCACCCCUACUCAUCAGUUGUGUGUCCUGUCAAGUUUUCCAAGAAAAUUACAUCUUGAAAAUAGGAUCUGGCCUAGCAAGUAGGAAUGAAUAUAUGAAUUGAUAAUAAACAACUUAUAACUCUGGCUUACGAAAUCCACAUGGAAGAUUUUCUUAUAAAUAGACUUAAUUCCAAUAAACAAACAUUUAAAAAAGGGCAAUUGUCAAUAAUAGCAUCUUUUGAAGUUUAUGUCCCAAAAAUAGCACUAGAAGAAGAAAGUCACAAAAUAGGUUUCAUUAAAGAGGUAAUUUACCCUUAUACCCUUUGUUAUAAGAAUAAAAAAAAACAUUUCAUUUCCUUCGAUCGCGAAUCGUGUCGUCUCCUCUCGGGAAUCUUCAAACCCUCACCGGCACUGUCGUCUCCGACUCGGGAAUCGUCGUCUCCGGCUCGGGAAUCAUCUUCUCCGGCUCGCUAGUCAUCUUCUUCGGCUCGCUAAUCAUCUUCUCCGGCUCGCUAAUCAUCUUCUCCGGCUCGCUAAUCAUCUUCUCCGGCUGGCUAAUCAUCUUCUCCGGCUCGCUAAUCAUCUUCUCCGGCUAUCUAAUCAUCAGCGUCACACUCGCUACUCUCAAAAUCAGACACAAAUCACUAUGUAACUUUUUAAAAUUAGGGUUUUUUAAUUAAAAUUUAGGAAGCUUGCGUUUUGAUUUUGAUUUGUUUGUUACUCUUUCUUAUUAACCAGCGAAGCAAAUGAAAGACUUUUGAAUUGUGGGAACACAAAGUUGUUGGAGCGUAAUUUAUCUCUUUGAGGUAUGUUGCAGAUUCAACCUUAUGUGUGUUUUCUUUCUGAGAGAUUGGUCUCCUGGUUUUUGCUUGUGUAUAGACUUGCUCGUUUUAACGUAAUAUGAUUGGUAGACUUCAGGAAGGAUUUGUAUAGACUUCAGGAAGGAUUUGUAUUGUUUCAGGAAACCCUUCCUGAAAAUUGAAUUUUUUUUUCUUGUCUACGCAGGAUAGAAACAAGAUGGGAGAUUCAGUACCUCUAAAACUAGCACUGCCAGAGCUGAAGUAUCCUAUUGGUUCACAGCCAAAGGAAAAGUCAGCAAUCAACCAAUACUCUGGCUCAGAGUAUAUCUCUAUUGUCAAAAGCAUCCUAAAACCAGAUGAGAUGAUAAGAGUCCGAGGAUCAUUUCUGGGACCUGUAAUGAAGCUCAGUGAGAGAGGAUUGAAGUUAUCAGCAAAGAUAGUCUACGCCAUUCUCACUAGAAGCAUCGUUUCUGUCAAGGAGAAUGAAGCCUGGUUCCAUUUCGGUGCGCAGCCAAUGAGGUUCUCUAUAAAAGAAUUUCAUAUGAUGACAGGCUUGAAAUGUAGUGGUGCAUUAGAAGGACCACGAAGGGAAACCGAGAGAUUUAAUUGGGAAUUGCUAAAGGGGCGUAGUCAUAAGUUAAGUGACGUGGUGGACCAGCUCAGAAACACAAGAGAAGAUGCUUCUGAGGAGAGAGUAUGCCUUGCAAUGCUCAUCCUGGUAGAGAGCAUAUUAUUGCGGAAGAGCAAAGGAGGGAGUUUUCCUUUGGAAUAUGCGAAAAAUGCACAGGAUAUGACAUAUCCAUGGGGAAAAGAGGCUUACAUUGUGCUCCUGAAGUCAAUUCAAAACGCUGUCGCGAAUCAUUUGGAGAAUAAAUCCAAAUUUGAGUUGCAAGGUUAUCCUCUAGUAUUCCUUCUUUGGAUACUUGAGUCGAUUCCUUUGCUAAGGGAUAAGUUCAGUAAGUGUGUACCAACAGUUGAGGUUCCUGGGCCGACUUACUUGUGUGAAAAAUACACUGAGGUAGAGAAUCCAUCACUUGAUAGGGUUUUACAGGUUGAAGCUGAUACAAAGCUGAAGGUCCAUUGCAUACUACCUUCUAUUCCUCAUGAUCCAGAAGAUGAUAUCUCCAUUGAAGACAAAUAUAGUGAAGAGCUGGAAACAGUGAAAGAUGUAACAAAGAAAGGGUACAAGAUUACAGCCGAUGACUGGGAAAAUAGGUGUGUAGACACAUUUGACACAUUGGAUGCUCUUAUUCAAAUGAUGGCAAAUAAGGAGACUGGCCAAGCUUCUACUCCGAUUGAUGAGGAUUCAGUAAAUGAAAAAGUGAACAGGAUCAUCACGGUAAUGGAGGAGAAUCUGAAGAGCAUGAAGGAUCGAAUGUCAUUACUGGAAGAAGAAAACAUACAUCUUAGAGCUCGUGUGUCAGAGUUGGAAGGAAACAACAAUGUUUUUCCCACUAACGUGACACAAAAGCGAUCCAGUGGGACACCUUUAUCUCCAAUGUCUCACACGCAACCAUCGAGUGAGACACCUUUAUCUCCAAUGUCUCACACGCAACCAUCGAGUGAGACACAUUUAUCUCCAAUGUCUCAACAGCCUAAUUUGACACAUGAGGUAUGUAACCAAUAAAUAUUGUUGAGUUUUGAAGUAAUAUUUGGAAAGCUUUUGUACUUCUUGAAUGCAUUCCUGAUUUUUGCAGGAGACAAUGAUUGAAUCAGCUGCAUCUCCAAAGUCUCAACAAAAUGAGGUAUAUGCUCAAAAAUUUUUAAGAAAAUAUUUGGAAAUUCUUGUACAAAAUCCUGAAUGCCUUCCUGAUUUUUGCAGGAUUACACGCAACCAUCGAGUGAGACGCCUUUAUCUCCAAUGUCUCAACAGCCUAAUUUGACACAUGAGGUAUGUAACCAAUAAAAUAUUGUUGAGUUUUGAAGUAAUAUUUGGAAGCUUUUGUACAUAUUCUUGAAUGCAUUCUUGAUUUUUGCAGGAGACAAUGAAUGAAUCAGAUGAUGAAACUCCUGCCCUUGAUACUCAAGUAUUCUCUCCUAAUCUGACAAAAGAGGUAUAUGCUCAAUGAUAUUGUUUUCACAGUUGGAGUUUACAAAUUAGUUUUGGGUGAUUUUUUUUUACAUAUAAAGGCUUUUCUGAUUUUUGACAGAAAGAAACAGAAACGUCUACUCCAAUAGCUCCAAAGAGUAUUGAAACUCCCGUUUAUACUCCAAGUCAGACUCAACAGGUACAUGGUCAAAAAAAAUCUUAGAUUUUAAAGUUAAUGUUUGGAAGCUUUAGAACGUACUCUGGAUUGACUUCGUGAUAAUUUUUACAGAUUGAGAGAGAGCCAUCGGAUGACACGCCUGCCCUUGAUACUCAAGUUUUUACUCCUAAUCUGACAAAAGAGGUAUAUGCUUAAUGACAGUUGGAGUUUACAAUUAGUUUUGGGUGAUUUACAUAUAUAGACCUUUCUAAUUUUUGGCAGAGGGAAACACAAACCUCUACUGAUGAACGCCACCCAAAACUAAUCAAGAAGAAGGAAAACCAGAUGAUGAGGUAAUAUUUACUCUAGAAAUUAUAAUUGAAUGUAUUCAUGAUGGCCUUUCCUGAUAUUUUUUGCAGAUUGUGAUUGAGUCACCUGCUGCUCAGACUCAAGUUUUGCAAAAAGAAACACUGGAAAUGAAUGAGACACCUUCUUCUCCAAUAUCUCCAAAAAGUAUUGAGGCUCAAGUUUUUACUCCAAUUCAGAAACAGCAGGUAAAUGUUCAAAAAAUCUUGGAGAUUUCAAGUAAUGUUUGAAAGCUUUUGUACGUGUUUUUGAUCCCCUACCUGACUUUUUUUUGUUUUUUUUGCAGACGGUAACAGAGGAAACGUAUGAGGCUACACAGCCAUUGACUGAGAUCAUUUCAGCAAACAAUAAAAAGGUAAGCAUAUAAAUGUCUUUCAUAAGUACAAUUUGAAUUUUAAAUUGUAGAAACUUCUUCAUAACUACCUCUUUUAUUUUGCUGUUAUUACAGGAGGAUACACAUGCUGUGCAUCACACACCUUCCUCUCCAUUGUCUUCACUAAUUGCACUAGUUAUUGAAGAAAAUAAGAAUGCUUUGGUAAGAAGAAAUAUUUAAAAUGUUUAUGUAAUAUUUUUCUAUUCAACUAACUCUUACCAUUUACUUUUGUCUUAUAGAGUGAGACAGAAACUGCGACCCAAUAUUUUUCUACAAGUGAAGGAGAGCAUACACAAUCAAGCAGAAAGAA